AUGUCACCAAACUCUUUUAUUCUCCUUACAUCUCGACUAGUUCUCGUACCCACACCCCUCGCAAUCCACAACAAAUCUUAUCUGAAUCUCUACGCCAGCCUACACGCCGACGCAUCUUUUUGCGUAAUGGGAUUCGGAGCUUCUUUCCCAGUCAGAAACUGGACAGAAGAAGAAACGCGGGAAAUCAUCUUAACACGAGACAUUGCUCGAUGCUGGGAAAAUAGGAAUAUGGGCGACCUUGCAGUGGGCCUACGAUCAACGGCGCAAAUUGACCAACUGACCCCACGACUCAUUACUGGAACUAAUGAGCAACUAUAUGUUAUCGAAGAGCAAGACGAAGAAACAAUAUCUCAAGUAUUGAGUCGUGUGGAAUGGGUCGGAUAUGUGGGUGUGCGCGAUGCAACUACAACAUCUAUGCCACCGCGCACCGAUGCCGACCCCCCUUUACCGCACUGGCAGGAAAUGAUAGAGCUCCGUUAUGGUGUUGCGCCGGUGCAUUGGGGUAAGGGUAUGGCUCGCGAGGCCGCGGAAGCUGUUAUGCAGUGGGCUAGCAGUGAAAGAGGUGUGAGGAGGUUUAUUGCUGAGACGGAAAAGGAGAAUGCAAGGAGUGCGAGAGUUCUGGAAAAGAUGGGGUUCACUAAGAGGGAUGGGAUAGAUUAUUGGAAAGAGGAGGGAGAGAUAGAGUGGAAGAGAGUGUGUACGUGA